AUGGCUUUUCUCAAAUUUCUUAAUUUUGAAAGAAGGGAUUUUUUUUUUCUCCUGUUGUUUGAUUUUGCAGCGGCGGUCGCAUGGGAAGCAGGAAAACCAUUGGUGAUAGAGAAGGUAGAGGUUGCUCCACCCCAGGCUAAUGAAGUGAGGGUCAAAAUCAAAUAUACCUCACUUUGUCACACUGAUUUCUACUUCUGGGAAGCCAAGGGCCAGACACCACUCUUCCCCCGAAUAUUCGGUCAUGGUACAGUUGUUGAGAGUGUUGGGGACGGCGUUAAAAACCUCAAGCCCGGGGAUCAUGUGCUUCCAGUUUUCACAGGGGAGUGUGGGGAUUGCGUGCAUUGCAAGUCUGAGGAAAGCAAUAUGUGUGACCUGUUGAGAAUCAAUACAGAUAGAGGAGUUAUGAUUGGUGAUGGGAAACAAAGGUUUUCCAAGAAUGGGACUCCUAUUAAUCACUUUCUUGGCACAUCCACCUUCAGUGAAUAUACUGUUGUUCAUUCAGGCUGUCUUGCCACGAUCAAUCGCCUGGCACCUUUGGAUAAAGUUUGCAUCCUUAGUUGUGGCAUCUCAACAGGCUUGGGUGCCACCCUGAAUGUAGCAAAACCGAAGAAGGGAUCUUCAGUUGCUGUCUUUGGACUUGGGGCUGUUGGCCUGGCUGUAAGUUUUGGGAAACUUUUGUUCAUCAAAUCCUUAAUUCCAAUAGUUGCAUUUAUUUCCUUUUCCGGCCAGACACCACUCUUCCCCCGAAUAUUCGGUCAUGUUCACAUUAUGAAUGCAAAUGCUGAUUUUCAUAACAGAGUUGUUGAGAGUGUUGGGGACGGCGUUAAAAACCUCAAGCCCGGGGAUCAUGUGCUUCCAGUUUUCACAGGGGAGUGUGGGGAUUGCGUGCAUUGCAAGUCUGAGGAAAGCAAUAUGUGUGACCUGUUGAGAAUCAAUACAGAUAGAGGAGUUAUGAUUGGUGAUGGGAAACAAAGGUUUAGUGUUACACUCUCUGAGCAUAAUGUUAUUGCAUAUUUGAUGAUAUGUGUAAUGAAACUAGUAACGCAGAAAAAGGAGUUGAUUUUAAAACACAAACACACAAAUGGUAGCACAUGCAUACUUCAUAUACAUUCUGGAAAAAGCGAAGAAGCCAAGAACUUUGGAGUAAAUGAGUUUGUGAACCCAAGGGACCAUAUCAAGCCAGUGCAAGAGAUUAUUGCUGAGAUGACGAACGAUGGAGUCAACAGAAGCUUAGAGUGCACCGGCAACAUUAAUUCUAUUAUCUCCGCUUUUGAAUGUGUUCAUGAAGGUUGGGGUGUGGCCGUGCUUGUAGGAGUGCCAAGCACAGAUGCAAUCUUCAAGACUAACCCCUUCAAUUUCCUUGACGAAAGAACCCUUACAGGAACCUUUUUCGGGAACUACAAACCUCGGACUGACCUUCCCUCUGUUGUGGACAUGUACAUGAACAAGAAACUUGAAGUAGAGAAGUUUAUAACUCAUCGAGUUCCUUUCUCAGAGAUCAACAAGGCCUUUGACUGCAUGUUGAAGGGGGAAGGCUUACGGUGUAUCAUUAGCAUGGAAGAGUAG